UAUUUUUGUUUACCAGAGCGGUGCUCCAACAUAAGCAAAGAAGAAGGCGCGGAUCAGCUAUGGCUGCGGCGCCGGUCCUUCGCGAACUUCAACGUGAUAUUGAAACUCAGGCCAAUACUUUAAGCAAGAUCCAGAAAGAUAUUGCGAAGAACCACCAAGUGCGGAAGCAGUACACCAUCCAGCUAGGUGAAAAUGAGCUAGUUCUCAAGGAUUUGGCUGAGGCUAGGGCCAACGUCCGCAAGCGGAUUGAAUACAUUUCGGCAGAGCUGAAGCGGCUUGAUGGGACUCUUAAAGAUCUGGAGGGCAAGCAGAGCAGCAAGCAAGAAGCGGUUUUGAAAGUGCAACAGAAGAUUCAAGUACUGCAAGCUGGAAAAUCGAAGUCCUGAACUUUCUGCAUUAGCAUGCAUCUUUGCUAUUUCUUCUGAAUAGAGACACCCUUGCUGCUUCGCUUGUCAGAAAAUUUCACUAAAAAGAUAAAUAGUCUGCUAUAGACACCCUUGCUGCUUCGCUUUUACAAACGACUCAAAUGUGCUUAUGUUUUAUUACCUUAAAAACAUUUUUGAUUUGAUCUUGCUAUAUUCGAACCAGUUAUUAGAAAUAUGAUUUCAAUUGCUU